AUGGGGAAUGAUGGAAGCAAAUUUUUGAGUCUUUUAGAUAGUUUUUCUACUAGUAUUAAAGAAAAUUCUAUUAGUUGUUACACAGACGACCAAUUCCGACGACGAUUUAGAAUGCGAAGGCAUGUGUUUCUUCGAAUUGUUGAAGCCCUUGGAAAUCAUGACAACUACUUCCAAACAAGGGUUGACGCAGUUCGUAGAGUAGGCCUUUCACCAUUGCAGAAGUGCACUGCUGCUAUUCGUUUAUUGGCAUAUGGAGUGCCUGCUGAUAAUGUGGAUGACUAUGUUCGAAUUGGCGAAAGUACAACGGUGGAGUGUUUAGAGAGGUUUGUAACUGGAGUGUACACAAUUUUUGGGCCUCAAUACCUAAGAAGGCCUAACAAUGAAGAUACUGAACGCCUACUACGAAUAGGGGAGGCACGUGGCUUUCCAGGUAUGUUAGGUUCCAUUGAUUGUAUGCAUUGGGAAUGGAAAAAUUGUCCAGUGGCGUGGAAAGGGCAAUUUUGUCGAGGAGAUCAUGGCAAACCAACAAUCAUGCUUGAGGCCGUUGCAUCCUAUGACUUGUGGAUUUGGCAUGCUUUUUUUGGUACUCCGGGUUCAAACAAUGACAUCAAUGUUUUAAACACGUCCAACGUGUUUUUCGACAUUUUGGAAGGGGAAGCACCCAUGGUACAAUACUCAGUGAAUUCCACCUCAUAUAAUAUGGGAUACUAUCUAGCGGAUGGAAUUUACCCCGAGUGGUCUACAUUUGUCAAAACCAUCCCAAUGCCACAAGGAGAAAAGAGAAAAUUAUUUGCCAAACGACAAGAAUCAGUAAGAAAGGAUGUGGAACGGGCAUUUGGAGUGCUCCAAUCUCGAUUUGCAAUUGUACGUGGUCCGGCGCGUUCUUGGCACAUGAAUACAAUGAAACAUAUCAUGUAUGCAUGCAUCAUAAUGCAUAACAUGAUUGUCGAAGACGAACGUGACAUACAUGAUGGUAAUUUUGAUUACGAUCAUGUCGAUAAUGACACUCCAUCGGCUAAAGUAUCUCAUGGUCCUCAUCCACUCUUUUUAGAAACAUACAUGCAAAGGCGAGCACAUAUGCGUGAAAAACAAAUUCAUCAUCAACUUCAAGCAGAUUUGGUGGAGCAUAUUUGGGAACACUUCAGGCAUGAGAACAACGAAAAUUAAUUUAUAUAAUUUAUUGUUAUGUAUUUUAUUUUAUUAUGUAUUUCUUAUUGUUGCGUAUUUUUCGUCACUUGCUAGUUAUUGUCGCUAUGUAUUUCUCAUCGUUUAAAAUAAAUUUAUUAUAUUUUUAUGUAUUUAUUAUA